GUGUCCUACCCACGACGCCCUGUGACAUGCGCACUACGUUAGCGUCCUCUUUUUCUCUUAGCCGCAGGCGAGGUAUAACGUGGAAUUUCAAUCGACCUGAAUUUCACUAUUUUAUUGGUACCUCUUUUGCUUGGAGAAAGCUAUUUCGAAGAAAUAAAGAGAAAGUGUUUAUUGUAGAGUUGUUCUAGUGAAGUAUUUGAGUGAAAGUGAAGUAAGAAAUGAGUAAAUCUAGGAAGUUGGGGAGGACUGGGUGUGUCGAUAAUGGAGGGACGUACAUCCCACCAGACAAGCCCGAGUUCUCGGGGGACUGCACCGGUGAUGGUACGUCACCGCGGCAUCAGUCCCCUAGUCGGCCCCUUCAGCCACUGCCGGCUGUCGGAGCUGACGGACCCGUUGACCAAGCGGGGGGCCGUACAACCCCACCGUCUUCGGUCAAUAUUCACGGGUCCGCCCAACUGAAGGGGAAACGCACCGGCAAGACAAGGAAAUUGUCUGACGCCGGGGCAGUACCCAUAAAGGGACGUACGGCAAAAGGUGGCCCCGCUACGGGGCGCACCGUGCCUGUCCCUGGCCCGUCUACGGGGCACACGCAGCCGGAGGAAGUACUCCUCCAUGGCUCAGUGCACCCAGGCCCACCCAGCCCCGUGAUUACCACGAUGCCUGGGGAUGGGCUGUUAUAUGGCCGGUUAAUCGACCGUACAGCACCCGCCUAUGUUACCGGCGUGGGGGCGCUGUCGGCCGCCCGGGCUAUUGAUAGCGUAGAGCCGAAUCCCUGGGAUUCCCCUAGAGCGUUAACGCUACGCUCGGAGGGCCAUGCCUCUACAUCGGAUUUUAUUCGUUGUUCGGGCAUCCCCGUGUCCCCGCAAUCCUCGGCAACUACUCGGAGUCGUUCUUCAAAAAUCGAAAAAGAACCGCCGUUCUCGACGUUCUUCGACGAGUUCUAGUGAGUCAUCCGAUCAAUCACACCGUGGGAAACGCCACAAGGGUAGCGACCCGAUUUCACGCGAUGAUUUUUUGGAGGCUUUUCACUCCCUCGCGGCCUCAUUGUCGGGCCGACAGGGAGACUACGUUCACAGCUGGAUGACUCCGGGCCAAAGCGACAUACCGCACACGGUUAGCCGUGCGCCAGAGUCCCCUCCAGAAUUACAGCCCCCACCCGCCAGUCAUCACGGCCGUGGUGGGGUGACUACAGACCAGCGGACAAUGCCGUGCACGGAGAGCCGUGCACCGGCGUCACCGCCCGGUAUUAGUUUACACCCAUCGGUGUCACUAGAGUCCGAGCGGGGCUCGAUACCGUGACGGCGCUGCUUCGCCCCCGGGGCCUGGUUCCCAUUCCCCGGUGACAACUCGCCCCCGUACUCUGACAACUCGGCGGACGAGAGCGAGCUGACCCGGAAAAAAAAAAAAAAA